UUCUAGCGCAGCCCCAAGCACGGUGUGAUUUUCUUAGUCAAUAUAUAGGCCCUCCAUUGUCUCCAUUUUAAAAUUAUGUGACAAAAGAAAUUUUUCACAAACUUGUCUCAACUUGUAUCUGUUAUAUACUCAGCUUUUCUAUCUUUAAAAAAGGAGGUGUGAUGAGAGACUAAUGUAUUUGCUCUUAUUUCAAAUCCAUUAGAAAUCUUUGAGUGUAAUAUUUGUAUAACUUAUUUGCACAAAACAUAAGUGCUCGAGUGAGAAAAAUAUCAUACACGAGCAAAUGAAACCUUUAAAUAAACAUUUUAUGCAAAAUAUAGAUUAAAGAUCAAGUUAUUGCGUUUCAAAUUAGUUCCUUAAAGAAAUAAUUUAACUAUGGAUUGUAAAACACCCCUGUAUGACUUACCAUCAAAUGUUUGGAAAUAUGCAUUCGGAGUUUUGUUUGGAGUGAUUUCUGUUUUUGGAACGGUGGAAAAUUUCUUGGUGUUAUUUACAUUGUACAAAUUUAAACCCUUGCAUCGAAUGUCAAAUAGAAUUUUGUCUUCUUUAGCCACAUCUGAUUUCCUGGCUUCAUCCAUUCUUGCACCAGUGUUUGUGGCACAGCUUUUAAAAGAAGAACUAUCAACACACUGUAGACUGGAGAUGCUUCGGCGUUUUUUGUCAACAUUUUUUAUAGGUGCAUCCGUGUUCACACUUGGAUUGAUAAGCUACGAUAGAUACUUACAUCUGACAAAGUUACAAGACUACAACAUGACUAUUCGGAAAAGUAACAUUUUUAUUUUCUUCUGUUGGUUCAUACCUUUUUUAAUACCUUUUUUAAAGGUAGUAGGUGAGACAGAAAGUUUAUAUUAUGCAGCUGUCAUCAUCUUGCUUGUCAUCUCUCUUACUGUUAUGAGCGGUUGUUAUAUUUUGAUCAUAUGGGCGCUGCAUAAACAUGGUAAACUACAGACUGAUAAAAUAAUGACCAAAAAAUCAAAAGGAAGACGGUUACGAGCUGGCAGAACUGUUGUAAUUAUUUUAAGUUGUUUCAUGUUGAUGGUUUUACCUGUCAAUGUCCACUUGAUGACAUCUAUCUUGGAUAAAAACAAACCAAGAAGUGAAGUGGCAGUGGGAUAUAUCAUUCAAAUGGCUUUGUGUUUGUUGAAUAGCGUUGUUAAUCCUAUUAUAUACUACUUUAGAACGCCAAACUUGAAGUUGUGUUUAAAGAAGUUAGUUGGAAUAGCACCGCGUGAUAACACUUGGGAAGAAGGAAGCCAAAUACAUUAUAAAUCUACAAAAAUUCGAGCAACAACAGAAUUAUAAUGUUGUGUGUGUGAGAGAAUCCAUCAAUGUAAUCAAAUAUGUGAAAAAUGCAAAAAUGAAAACAAAUGUAAAGAUAAAUAAAUAAUGUGAAUAAAUAAACAGAAAUCCAUGCUCGCCAUUUUUAAUAUGUUGAGUUGUGAAAUGUAAAUAUUUGUAAUUCGUUUUCUCACAGCAUAAAAAGAGAUAUAUAAACAAUUUGGUAACACAAAAAAUAUAAUCGUAAUUCUUCUGAUUGAAACCUAUGGAAAAACUUUCAAUAUUUGGGGAAAAUAAAUUACUAAUUUUCAGCAUGUGACUUUUUUUGCUUCUUCUUUCACUGUCAUUUUGCAGAAAUUGUAAAAUGCAAAAUACAAUAUCGAAAAUUUUAAAGAAAUUAGGACGGAGAGAGGAAGGUAUAGAGCUCAUGUUUACGUGUGUUUGACAACCAGUGAACAAUAGGAUUGAUUAUAUAAUUGUGAAAAACACAUCCAUUUGUUUUCAAAUUGGUAGUUUAAAGGUUUUUUUGUAUAUAUUAUGUAACUAAAAUAGCCCCAUGAUGCUGAAAUAUUUGAAAUUUCAUACCUCUAGAUUGCCUGGAAUGCUCGUUACAUUUUAGAAUUAUACAUCGAAAAUGAGUUCACCUUUUUAGCGUUUAAUAUUUUUAUGAGGAAACGGUCGCCUCCUCAACCCAUCUCCCCUAUCAACAUUACAUCCUCUUUUAUGAGAACCAAUGAAAUCUGCUGACACAAGGCUCGCUGUUCUUUUUUUUUCGAACCUUUUCAACCUACACUACUUCAAAAUUCAGCAUCAUUUUGUUCUUGUUAUGCAAAUUCCAACAAUUGUGAACUGCGUCACAAUCGCACCAAUAUGAAUUUAAUUUCUCACAAAUUUUACAUGAAAAACAGAUCACGAGAGUUGCAAAAUAAUUCACAUCCUAUUGCUCUCUUUUUUUUCUCCAAAUUUUAAUCUCAUGAUGUUUUUGUGAUGGAGCCAAAGGGUAUGCCCAGCGGGCAAACAACAUUUAUUCAACGUUAAUUCAACGUUGAAUUCUGGUGGCGACGUCGCAA